CGAGACGACAGCAGAGACAAACGGAGCGGCCAUGGACUCCGACACAUAACAGAUUUCCUUCUCUUCCCCCCCAGCCAUUUUUCCUCCCCGAGACAAACAACGGAUGUCUCUCGCCGGAACGCCGCCGCAUCCCGCGGCGGACUCCUCCCCAUGGGAAUGCAUGCUCCCCGGCCCGCCGUCCCGCAACAACUUCGGCUCCGUCGACAUUUCCCCCUCCGGCCUCCUCGCCUUCCCAUCCGGAUCCUCAAUCUCCGUCGUCGACUCCCGCUCCCUCCAGCACAUCUCCACCAUCCCGCUCCCCGCCCCUUCUUCCCCCUCCUCCUCCUCCGCCUCCGCCGCCGCCGCCGCUCUCUCCCCGUUCGUCACCUCCGUCCGCUGGACUCCCCUCCCCCUCAGCCGCGACCUCCUCGUCACCGAGCCGUCCUCCUCCCACCUCAUCCUCGCCGUCGGGGACCGGCACGGCCGGAUCGCGCUCGUCGACUUCCGCCACAAAUCCGUCCUCCUCUGGCUCGAUUCCUCCGAUUCCGCCUCCAAGUCCGGAAUUCAGGACCUCUGCUGGAUCCUAUUCCGCCCCGACGCCUACAUCCUCGCGGCGAUCUCCGGCCCCUCGACGCUCUCCCUCUACAACGCCACCACGGGACACUGCUUCUUCAAGUACGAUUCGACUCCCGAGCUCCUCUCCUGCGUCCGCCGCGAUCCGUUCGAUCCCCGGCAUUGCUGCGUGAUUGGACUCAAGGGCUUCCUGCUCUCCAUCGUGGUGCUGGGAGAAGCGGAGGACGAGGUUGUGGUCGAGGUGCUUCGGAUUCCUACCGAUUGCACGGAGUUUCUGAAGCUCGAGAGGGAUGCUGCCAGCAAUGGAUCGUCCUCCUCCUCCACGCCAGCGGCGGCCGCCUUCCCGCGGUACUCCGUGAAGCUGACGUUCUCGCCGCAGUGGAGGCACAUUCUGUUCGUGACGUUUCCUAGAGAACUGGUGGUUUUCGAUUUGCAGUAUGAGACCGCGCUUUCCAGUUCUUCCCUGCCGAGAGGGUGCUCCAAGUUUCUGGAUGUGUUGACGGAUCCGAACAGCGACUUCUUGUACUGUGCGCACUUGGAUGGCAAGCUAAGCGUCUGGCGGCGAAAAGAAGGAGAGCAGGUGCACUUAUGUUGUGCAAUGGAAGAACUAAUGCCUUCAAUCGGCUCUUCUGUUCCUUCGCCGUCAUUACUUGCUGUAACCAUCUGUCAAUCAGAGUCAACGCUCCAGAAUGUUGCCAAGUUAUACCGGGAUGUGCCUAACACUCCUCAGACCAAGGAUUUUGAUAAUCCUUUUGAUUUCUAUGAGGAGACUCAACUUAUUUCUAAGUCACACAUGAUUUCAAUUUCUGAUGAUGGCAAAGUAUGUAAUUGGCUUCUGACUGCUAAAGAGAUAGUAGAAAGGGAUGUCGAGGUUAUCCCAUACACAGGAGAGGAUGCUGAUGGUAUAGCUUCCACUGACGGUAUCAACCUGGAAAGAAACAAGCAGCAGGAAAAUUUGAGCGGCAAUAAAGGUCGGUCAUCAUCUGUUGCCAGUGAGGAGAAUACAACAUUCAAGAUAUGCUUGGUUGGGCAGUUGCAGCUUCUUUCUUCAACAUUAACAAUGCUGGCGGUGCCAUCUCCUUCUCUAACAGCUACUUUAGCUCGUGGGGGAAAUUAUCCUGCUGUAGCUAUCCCACUUGUUGCUUUAGGAACUCAGAGUGGAAUGAUUGAUAUUGUUGAUGUCUCUGCUAAUGCUGUUGCGGCUAGUUUUUCUGUUCACACAAGCGCAGUUCGUGGUCUGCGAUGGCUUGGAAACUCUAGAUUGGUUUCAUUUUCUUACAAUCAGGCUAAUGAAAAAACUGGAGGUUAUGUCAAUAGGCUUGUCGUGACCUGUGUUAGAAGUGGCCUUAACAGACCAUUUCGAGUUUUACACAAGCCAGAGCGAGCACCAAUUAGAGCUUUACGGGCUUCUUCAUCAGGAAGGUACCUCCUUAUUUUGUUUCGUGAUGCACCCGUGGAAGUUUGGGCAAUGACAAAAAGUCCCAUUAUGCUUAGAUCAUUAGCUCUUCCAUUCACGGUGUUGGAAUGGACCCUUCCAACCGUUCCAAAGCCAGUCCAGAAUGGUCCUUCUACGCCAAAAGCAAAGGAAGGUACACCUAGAGCAUCAGAUGGAUCAUCCACCCCAACUGCGAGCUCAGAUACAUCUCAAGAUGAAGCCGCAGAAAGCUUUGCAUUUGCACUUGUGAAUGGAGCACUUGGAGUUUUUGAGGUUCACGGACGGAAAAUCCGAGAUUUUAGACCAAAAUGGCCUUCUUCUUCAUUUGUUGCAUCCGAUGGACUAAUCACAGCAAUGGCCUACCGGUUGCCUCAUGUGGUAAUGGGGGACAGAACAGGGAACAUAAGGUGGUGGGAUGUAACAACUGGGUCAUCUUCAUCAUUUAAUACUCACCGAGAGGGGAUUCGAAGGCUUAAGUUCUCUCCUGUAGUCCCUGGAGAUCAAAGCAGAGGCCGGAUAGCUGUGCUUUUCUAUGAUAAUACAUUUUCUGUAUUCGAUCUUGUAAGUUUGAAACCCUUCCAAUGUGUGUUUAUUUUUUACUUCAAUGUGCAGGAUUCACCAGACCCGUUAGCUAAUUCCCUUCUCCAGCCCCAGUUUCCUGGAACUUUAGUGUUGGAACUCGAUUGGUUGCCCCUGAGAACAGAUAAACAUGACCCUCUGGUAUUGUGUAUUGCUGGAGCUGAUAGUAGCUUUCGCCUUCUUGAAGUUAAUGUGCAAGAUAAAAGACAUGGCUAUAUACCUCAGCCUCAGCCAGUUAAAGAGAGAUUCCGCCCUGUUCCCAUUUGCUCUCCCAUACUGCUACCUACUCCCCAUGCACUGGCUUUGCGAAUGAUCUUGCAAUUGGGUGUGAAGCCUUCAUGGUUUAAUACUUGUAGCACAGCCAUUGAUAAGAGACCACAGUCAAUUCCUGAGGCUUCUUCAUCAGCAGGAGAUUUACGUAGUUACAUGAUCGAUCUACCAGCUAUUGGCGAUUCUGUGGUGCCAGAAAUGCUCCUUAAAGUCUUGGAACCAUAUCGAAAAGAAGGCUGCAUACUUGAUGAUGAAGUAGCAAAACUCUAUGCAACUGUGGUAAAUAAAGGUUCGGCUGUAAGGUUUGCAUUUGCAGCUGCUAUUUUUGGCGAAGCCUCAGAAGCACUCUUCUGGAUGCAAUUGCCUCGUGCUGUGAAGCAUUUGAUGAGCAAAUUAGUUAGCAAGUCACCGUUGAAAUCUGCACUGUCGGCAACAGUGGCAGAGCUAGAUGGUGCAGUUAUGUUGACCAGAAUCAUCUCGAGGGAGAAGUCAUUGGUUACUAUGGGGAAUACGGACUCGUUGCAGAAUCAGGGUCAACUUAGAUUAAUGGCUUUUCAGCAAGAAGAGUUGUGGGAGAGUGCCAAUGAGCGUAUUCCUUGGCACGAGAAACUGGAGGGAGAAGCAGCCAUGCAGAAUCAAGUGCACGAACUCGUGACGGUUGGGAACUUAGAAGCAGCUGUUAGUUUGUUGCUUUCCACUCCUCCAGAGAGCAACUACUUCUACUCGAAUGCCCUACGUGCAGUGGCUCUUUCUUCUGCUGUGUCCAAGUCUCUCCUUGAACUUGCAGUCAAGGUUGUUGCAGCCAACAUGGUCAGGACUGACAGAUCACUCUCUGGUACUCAUCUACUUUGUGCUGUUGGAAGGCAUCAAGAAGCAUGUUCACAGCUGCAAGAUGCUGGGUGCUGGACUGAUGCUGCAACUCUGGCAGCUACUCAUUUGAAAGGAUCAGAUUAUGCAAGGGUGCUGCAGAGGUGGGCAGGCCAUGUUCUUCACACGGAGCACAAUGUCUGGAGGGCACUUAUACUAUACGUUGCUGCCGGUGCUUUGCCCGAGGCAUUGGCAGCACUCCGCGAAGCGCACCAACCCGAUACAGCUGCCAUGUUCAUCCUUGCCUGCCGUGAAAUCCACUCCGAAAUCCUCACGAAUUCGGAGGACGAACUAGAUGGCCCGUCAGUCAAGGAUCCGCCGCCUAACUUGCCUGGUUUAGACCCGGAGAACGAAGAUGUUUUGGUCGUCGGUGAGUACUUCGGACAGUACCAAAGGAAACUGGUGCAUCUCUGCAUGGAUUCGCAGCCAUAUUACGAUUAAAAGUGGCCACCAACGAACCAUUACUACUAGAAGUAGCAACUGAUGCGAGAUUCAUCGCUAUCAACGGCAGCAAACAUUCCUGCUGCAAGGAUGAACCGCUCAUUGUUGCCAGUGUACUUCGGCUGCCACCGGAGUUUUUGCAGGUAGAUCGUCAUUUCGACAUAAUCGAUUAUGACGGAAGGUAAAUUGUUUUAUAGCUUCAUUCUUUUUGCAACAAUCUUUUCCCCUGCUAAGACCAAAUUCUUGAGAUGGUUCCAAAUUCCAAUAUGAUGCUUUAUUGUGGCGGGAAAUUUUGAGAAUUUAUA